AUGAUGUGGAAGAUAAUUGACUCUGAAGAAGAUUGGGCUUUGUUCAUAAAACCAAAAUAUAAAAACAAGCAAGGACAAUGGAAUACUAAUUGGCAACUAUCUUCAGUUUGUCCAGGAUUAAAAUGGGCUUGGAGCAUGUUAAAAGAAGAUAUUAGAUGGUGCAUUGGCAGUGGGGAGAAGUUGUCAGUUUGGUUUGAUACCUGGAUAGGUGAUAACCCUCUAAUUGACAUGGUUGGUAAUUCUGCAUAUGUGUCUGAGAAUGAAAAAAUGAAGAUAUCAGAUAUUUUAACAAAUGGCAUUUGGAAUAUUCCUUUUGAACUUAAUCAAAUUAUUCAUCAUAUGAAACUACCAGAUGUUGGCAAAGGGGAAGAUAAUCUAAUAUGGAGUGGUGAACUAAAAGGUAAUUUCUCCAUACCAGCAACUGUCAAUAAAAUCAGAAUCAAAAUGCCUACUUUACAAUGGCCAAGGUACAUAUGGAACUCAUUUCUUCAUCCUAGUAUUGCUUGUAAUGUGUGGAAACUAGUACAUGGUGUUUACAUGGAUGAUGCAUUAAUGGUAAGUAAGGGGUAUGAAAUGGCUUCCAAAUGUUGUGUGUGUGAAAAUGAUCAGGAUAGGAUGAUUCACUUACUACGGCAAUGCAAAAAAAAGCAUCAGUAUUUGGAGAUGGAAUUGUGCAAUAUUUCAAGUUGCAGUGUAAAUCUUUUGAUGAAAUCUGGAGAUGCAUUAAGCAUAAAAGUCCAUUAG